CUGUAACUUUGCUAACAAGAAGUAUCUUUUUACCUUAACUUGCUAAUGGCAGUCUAUCGUUGAAUCUACGACUCAACUGGACUCGCCGGUUGACACAAUACCGUGUGCUUUUCUUCUCGGUCUCUAUUUUUGUUCAGUGGAUGUCAUUGUUUUUCGCCUUGUGGACAUUUUAAAGUCUGAAUUUGGCUGGUUUCCUGAAUGCGGCCUUUUACAUCUCUGUUCUGCUCCGCUGUCAAGCUCUUUAAAUAUAGCGCUCCAGUGCUUUUCGUUGGAUCGGCAAACCGUUAUGGGUCACACGCAAUGCCUCCAAUCCCGGAAAGUGUGCGUGAUUGGACGCACAAAACAAUUGAUUCUGCCGCAGUGAUAAUUUUCAGCAAGUCUCGAUGUCCAUUCUGCCAUCGGGUUAAAGAGAUUUUUAAAGAGAAUAACAUCAAACACGCCACUAUUGAACUGGACCAACGUGAGGAUGGUAGUAAAAUCAUAGAGGCUCUUUCCCUCAAGAGUGGGAUUCGCACUGUUCCACAGGUCUUUGUUCGAGGAGCAUUCAUCGGUGACUCGAAUCGUAUAUCUAAAUUGAAGGAAGAAGGGAAGUUACGGGACGUUGUAAAGCAGAGUCCAUACGAUUAUGACCUGGUGGUUAUCGGCGGUGGAUCCGGAGGGCUGGCUGCAUCUAAGCUAACCAAGAAAGAUGGCACUACUUCAACGAUCACUACCAAUAAAAUUAUUCUGGCUAAUGGAGAACGACCACGUUAUCCGGGCAUACCUGGUGACCGGGAAUACGCCAUCACUAGCGACGACCUCUUCUCAUUAUCCUAUAAUCCCGGAAAGACUCUGGUUGUUGGCGCAAGCUAUGUGUCGCUGGAAUGUGCCGGAUUUCUAACCAGUUUCGGCAACGAUACCACGGUGAUGGUCCGGUCCAUCUUGUUACGCGGUUUCGAUCAACAGAUGGCAGAAUUUAUCGGCGAGUAUAUGAAGAACCACGGCACCAAGUUCAUUCGUUCGUGUGUGCCAACCGAAAUACGCCAGCUGAAACCCGUCGAUAAAGCGAAUGGCAAACCCGGACGGUAUUUAGUUACUGGUCAAUACACGGACGGAAGAACUUACUCCGACGAAUUCGACACUAUCAUCUUCGCAAUCGGUCGUGAUCCGUGUAUUGACAAGGAUAUGAUGGAAAAUUUGGGCGUAAAACUGGACAAAGCCAAUCGAGUUAUCUGCGCGGAUGACGAACAGACCAGUGUGCCCAACAUCUAUGCCGUCGGUGACAUCAAUUCGGGCAAACCUCAGCUUACCCCAGUAGCUAUUCAAGCUGGUCGUUAUUUGGCCAGGCGCCUUUUCGCCGGAUUCACGGAGCUGACUAACUACAAGAAUGUGCCCACGACCGUGUUCACUCCAAUCGAAUACGGAUGCAUUGGCUACAGUGAGGAAGAUGCAAUCGCCACAUUCGGCAAAGACAAUAUUGUGGUGUACCAUUCACACUUCAAUCCGCUCGAGUGGUCUUUGCCCCACCGCGACGAUAAUGUCUGCUACGCCAAGCUCGUGUGCAACAAAUCCAAGAACGAACAAGUUGUGGGCUUCCACGUAGUUGGCCCGAACGCUGGCGAGAUGACCCAAGGCUAUGCAGUUGCCUUGCAGAUUGGCGCGACUAAGGCAGACUUUGACCGAACAAUUGGUAUCCAUCCGACAUGCACGGAGACCUUCACCACAUUGCGUAUUACGAAGGACUCCGGAGAAACCUUUAAAGUCACUGGCUGCUGAGGUUAAUUCCAUGCUGAUGCUGUCUUUUAGUGCAUUCGCGCUGAAUUUGACAGACAUGCAUCAGUGUGGAGAAACCUACUCCCUCUUUACCCUCUCUCCGUGCACUGGAGCCUCUUGUUAUGACCCACCACUUGGUAAAGUUUCUUCUCUGGAAGAGCCAUGUGGAUGGCGAUGUCGGGGUUACAGGCCGGAUACCUUUUGUCCUCUCUUUAUUGUCUAAAAGAAACCUACCAGUUAUUUAAGAUUCUAUAUUCACAAUCCUAUUCUCAGAUGAACUUGAUUAGUCUUCUUCUUGACACGUUUUUCUUACUUCAAUUGUGCUUCCUAUUGGAUGUAUCUUAUGUAUGUAUUUGCGUUAAAAAGGAAAUCGCUGUAUGCCGAAACUGCAUGUUGAUCCAACUCUUUUACUUUCUGUGUCCAUGCGCAGCGGACGGAAUUUCGAACCCACAGCUUUUGUUCCUGCUUCAGCGGUUUUAUCCCGUGUGUGUGUGUGUGUGUGUACAUAGAUUGUCAUUGGAUGUGAUUUGCUCUCCCCUC